AGGCCUUCUGUCAUUUAGCAGUUAGAGAUACAGACUCUCAAAAGUUUUGGUCAUCAUCCCUGGCAGCGCAAAACAAAAAGGAAAAUAACGUUAUUGCCUUCAUCUUCGGUUCCUAUGUGUUUUGAAGUGGAUACUUCCUUGAAAAUUUAGAAAGUAUGUCAGAGUUGGAAACAAUGAAUGUGAAUGGUCCUUCUCAAGACUUCCCCUACUCAGACUCACCCUUCUGUGUGGAAGCCAGCUCCUCCUCCUCAGACCUGCUUCAGCAUGAAACAAAGAAUGCAAGAAGGGGAAAUGAGUCUACACACACACUCUCUGAAGAUAUUUAUAGCAGCACAGAAGGCAGUUUGUUAGGGGACAUCAACCUUGGGAAUUACCCAGAGAGUAUACAGAAUCAACCAGCUAACACUAGGGUUUCUUCCUUGAGACAAUUUGAACCCAUCUGCAAGUUUCACUGGAUAGAAGCGUUUAAUGAUGAAAGGACAGUUCAAGACCUCAGGGGGGCAUUUUCUCACUCGGAGAAGCCAGAGUUGCAACGGCAGGUGUACAGUGACACAGCAGAUGCCAGCGAAGAGCCAGAUGCACUUAAGGAAGACAAUUCAAUGGAAAGUAACAUUUCCGAAAAUAAAGACGAACUUGUUCAUGAGCAUGUGAGGAAAUCUCCUAGAAGUCUGUGUCCAAACUACUACAGAGAAGAGACGCAGCCACUCACGGAAACGCCAUUGGUGAGAAGUGCCGUUGUAGAUGUCACCCUCAACAUCAGUCAGCCUCAAAGCUUUCUGGGUAAAGAAAAUGUCUGUAAAAAUGGUGAAAAUUUGUCUGAUAGUGAGAAUUGCUUCGACCAGCUUGACAUGAGAGCCAUUUAUAAAGCUGAGGAGCCUGAAGUUUCUUCGAAAGAAAUACAGAAUAAUGGGGUGAUUUCUGAGAUGUCAGAUAGUCACCAGGAGGAAGUCACAGAAGACGGUAUAGACAGUCUAGCCAUUACCUCACCAUGGUCUCCAGCUGGCAUCUUCAAGGGAAGUCGAUCUCAGGACCACUUCCUGAUGCCUGAUAGGGAGCUAGGCUUUGAGAGCUCGGAGCCUCUGGAAGAGGACAUGGCUUUAAAUGAAGCCUUGCAGAAAUUAAGACAGGCUAACAAAAAACAGGAGCUGCAGAUCCAAGACCUCCAUGGUAGGAACUUGAACUUAGAAAACAGGGUUCAAGAACUACAGACAAAGGUCACCAAACAGCACGUGUUGGUGGACAUCAUCAAUAAACUCAAGGUGAGCAUUGAGGAGUUAAUCGAUGAUAAAUACAACGUAAUCCUAGAGAAGAAUGACAUCAACAAGAAACUUCAGGAUCUGCAGGAGGCUUCAGCUAACACCAAAAAGCACCUUCAGGAAUCCAAGAAAGACAAGGAGAGCCUACAGCUCCAGGUGAAAAAGAUCAAGGUCCAUUACGUCCGCUUACAGGAAAGGUACAUUGCUGAGAUACAGCAGAAAAACAGAUCGGUCAGUCAGUGCCUGGAGAUAGAGAAGACCUUAAGCAAGAAAGACGAAGAGCUCCAGAGGCUGCAGCGCCACAAAGGAGAGCUAGAGAAGGCUACCAGCUCUGCCCUGGACUUGUUGAAGAGGGAGAAGGAGAUCCGGGAACAAGAGUUCUUGUCUUUUCAGGAGGAAUUCCAGAGGCGGGAAAAGGAAAACCUGAAAGAACGGCGGAAAUUGAAGUCAAGAGUUGAGAAGCUGGUCGCCCAAGUGAAAAGCUUGCUGUUCACCUGUGAGAGCGAGAGGGCCCAAACCACAGCACUCCAGCAGCAGGUCGAUGAGCUGAAGCUGGAGAACUUAGAACUCCGGCAGCAGGCUGCAAAGAAGGAGGCACAAGUUUGCACCCCUAGCUUUGAGAUUAUUCAGUCAAAGGAGCAGCUGGAGGAAGUGGUGGAGCCAGACAUCACCCAGGAUACAAAGGGGACACACUGUAAUUUGUUCCUGAAUUGCUCGUCUUGUAAAGAAAACCUGGCGCUCCAACCUAUGAAGAGAACUUCUCCACUGACCUCUAGAAUUCACAGCCUUUUGGCCCUGACAGUAGGACUUCUCACGUGUCAGGACCUCGCCAUUCCUGAUGCCGAGCUUUGCCAAGAGAGUAAGAAAGCUAAUGACAUAAUGCUGCAAAGACUGAAGGACUGUCAGCUUAAAAAGAAAGAUUUAGAUAAAGAGUUAUUGAAACAUAAAAACAGAAUUGCGACUCUUAAAGAGUUAAUUGCUAAUGAAAAGGCACUUCAGGACCACACCAUUGAGAUCACAGAUUUUGAUGCAGAAGAGGUCAAGAAUGCCAGAGAUGCCCCUGUGUUAUUGGCAGUCAAACUGGAUAAAUACCACAACCUAAAUGAGGAGCUUGAUUUCUUGAUCACAAAGCUGGGAGGCCUUCUGGAGAGCAAAGAAGACCACUACAGCAGGCUCAUCGAGGAGAAUGACAAGUACCGGAGACAUGUAGGCAGCCUGAUAAAUAAGGUAACGUCGUAUGAAGAAAUUAUCAAAUGUGCUGACCAGCGGCUUGAGAUAUCCCAUUCUCAGAUUGCACAUUUGGAAGAGAGAAAUAGACAUUUGGAAGAUUUAAUUAGAAUGCCCAGAGAGAAAGCCAAAAGGCCAAGACCAAGAUUAGAUAAUCACCCAAAAUCCAUGACCUUGAUAAAUCAUCUUGAGGGCCACCGUAAAGAAUGUUCUAUUUCCAUGUGAACUGACAGUAAUAUGUGAUUAAAUAUUCAUUCCUGAAGUUA